UCAAGAUGAUUACCUACAUUGUAGAUACUUGACGUUGCCUCAACCGAUGCAAAUCUGAUCUUUUCUACAAUCCAAACAUAUUGUCUGUUAACUUAUUUUAUAAGAUCAUUGCAGGACUAUAUUGGGAAUUUCAACUAUUUAUAGCUAUGAAUUCCAGUACUCUUUUACUUCUAUUAACGUUAUCAAGUACAUUCUUAUCGAUUGCAUCACAGAGAUGUCGCCUUCCCAAUGUGAGGAUGGAACUUGACGUUAAAAAGCUAUCAAAACUUUCGUGGUAUACUGGACUAGAAACGAACGAUAUCACAUCAAUAAUAUCUUGUAUCAAAUAUGAAAAUUUCACAUCUACAAAGUCUGGCUUCAGAACUGUUCUAACAGAACGUGUUAUCAGAUACAUCAAUUUUGGAAUUCAGUACGACUACGAUGAAAACGGAAUUUACCAUUUAAGGGAAUCAGAUAGAGAAAUGGAUCACGCCCAGCACAUAAGAGGAAUGAAUGGACUUGAGGACCAAGCGUUGUUGGAUAUGGAUCACUUGAUAGCUACAGGGAAUUAUGUGUAUCUGACUGACUAUAAGAAUUAUUUCGCGGGGUUUCUCUGUCCAUCGGAUGGAACAUCUCACGAUGACCAGCAAAUUAUUUGGGGAUGUUUUCCAAGUCCAAAUCCAACUUUAUCACAGGUUGCAGCAUUCAUCAAUGUUCUUCAGGAAGUCGGAAUAUUUGCCAACUUUCAUGCUUCAACCUGUUCGGAAACCGACUGGAGUCGCGAUGUGUUGAUAGAAAAAUGAAUAAAAAAUUUAAAGAUGAAAAAGUGUUUAUCUGAUGAGUUAAUUUUUAAAAACGUUUUAAUUACAAACGGUUCAAAAUAAUGAAAUUAUCAUAUAUAUAUACGUCAUUGCAAAUUACAAAUUUUUGUAAUAUUACAUUAAUAAAAUCUUCAAUAAUGUACAUUAAUAAAAUCUAUUUCCAUUUUCAUUAUAUAUAAUCUAGUUUACAUGCUGGAUCCUUACCCAAAAAUAAAAUUUGAAGCUUCA